GGUCUGGGAAGCAGUGAGACCUGGGCUAAGUUAGGUAAAAGUGAGAGGCUAGGGGGAUGUUGUUAAAACCUCUCCUUACAUAGAGUUUCUGCAACUAGUCCAGAUCUACCUCUGCUGUCACCUCUGCACGACACAGGCAAAAUUCUUAGGCAUGGGCCCCUCACUUGAGUCUGUCAGGUGACCCUGGGCAUCAGAGCCUUGUUCUGAGGUCUGCACUUCAGUGGAGAAUUCUCAGAUGAGCACCCCCCUUUGCCUGGAAUUCAGCGCCUGGUUCUGAGGUCCCUGCUUAAGGAGCUCCAGGAAGCAGGUGGUGAAGGUCUUGGUGUGAGGCAGUGUCAUCAGGUUACACAGCAGAGGAGGCCCAGGAGUCAAGGCAUCUGAGUCUUCAGCAACAAGCUCUUAUUGUCCCGACGGAACAUCAUGAUGCCCCAUGGUCAGAGGAGCGAAGACAGGAACCUAGUGGGAGGCCAUCCUACCCAAAGUAGUGCAGGGGACAUCAUGGGCAUGCAGGGUCUCAAGGAGAAAGUGAGGGAGGAAACAGUAGCCACUGUUUCCUCUGCAUCCUCUUCCUCUUAUAAUGUAAUCAGAGCAACACCAAGAGAAGCUCCUGGGCCUGAAACACUGAGUUGUCUUCAGAAUCCUCAAGGCAUCUCCUCUCCCCCUAGUGCCAUGGCUUCCAGUCAAAGCAAUCCAAGCAGUGAGGGCUCCAGUAGGAAAGAAAAUCAGGGUGCAAGACCCUUGCAGGACAUGGACGUCCCUCAGUUCUUGCGCAAUGUGCUCCUGAAUGACAAGUUACGUAAGUUGGUGUCCUUCCUGCUCCGCAAAUAUCAAAAGAAAGAACAGGUCACCCUGGAAGAAAUGCUUCAUGUUGUACAUGAUGAUUACCGUGAGCACUUCCCUCUGAUUUUCAGGGAAGUCUGUGAGUCCAUAUGUCUGGGCUUUGGUAUUGAGCUGAGGGAAGUGGAUCCCCCUGGCCACACCUAUGUCCUUGUCCCUGUCUUAGGCCUCACUUACAAUGGCAUACUGGAUAAUGAUGACCAGAUCAUUCCCAAAUUUGACCUCUUGAUAUAUACCCUGACUGCAGUCUUCAUGAGGGGCAACCAAGUCAGUGAGAAGGUACUAAAGAAACAAGUGAUAAAAUGGGGGAUGUUAGCUCUGAAGGAGCACAUUGUUAUUAGGGAGCUCUGGAAAUUCAUCACAGAGGAUUUGGUCCAGGAACAGUACCUGGUGUAUCGCCAGGUGCCUGAUAGUGAUCCUGCUAACUAUGAGUUCCUGUGGGGUCCAAGGGCCCACGCUGAAACCACCCAGAUGAAAGUCCUAGAGCAUGUGGCCAAGCUUAACAGGGCAGAUCCCAGGUCUUACCCACAGUUAUAUGACCAAGCUUUGAGAGAAGAAAGUGGUAUGUUCAGGGCCCAUGAGGAGCAAGAUGUGUGACAGGGGCAAGGAGCGUUCCCCAACCACCUUCCUGGCUUAGUCCCCACCCCAUGUGAAAUGAGCCCCAUUCUCAGUCCGAGUUUCUGCAGAGCAGGCAGUAUUCUAAGAAGUGAGGGGCUGAGAGAGGGCGUAAAAUACCGUGCACAGCAUCUUGCUGUCUCUUCUAUUUGGGUUCCUUGGAAAUGGACAGGGAUUUUCUUUGACUUUUUGAAGUCUUGUUCCUUUUUUGUGAGAUUGAAGUAACUUUCACAUCUUAUUUGAAGAAUAGUAUUGAUCUCACAUGCGUUUUUAAGUUUUUGAUGUUGUUGCUUGUGUUUUCUGAUGUAAAUAUGAUUUUGUGUGACAGUGAUCACAAAUGGAUUUACUUUUCCAAUCCAAGUGUAAGAGUCUUUCCUGUUUUAGCAUACAAAUGCAGAAACCAUCCAAUUUAUUUAUGAUAAUAUAUGAUUAGAAUAGGAAUUACCUUGGAAAUGUGUAAGAAGUUUAUAUCAAGUUAGAUGGACUCUAGAAAUAUAAAUAAGGAUGAAAAUCAAUUCUUGGCUUCUUAUUUAUUU